AUUACAUUAAUAUAUAAAAUCGAUUACAUUGAAAGCCGUGAAUAUACUCCAAUAUUGAAGAAAAUAAGUAUAUACAGUUAUAUUCAGAUUUAAAAAUGAACUCGAAAAGUAGAAGUAACUAUAAUGAAGACCUCUUUGAGUACAUUAGAGUCAGUGAAGACGAAGAUGACGCUAAUGCUGUAGAAAUUCCUUGCGAACUUGAUGGCGCCUUACUUCUGUCAACGCUAGUAGCGCAGUUUCCUGGAGCAUGCGGCUUGAAGUACCGUCAUCCUGAAAGUAAAUCUGUCCGUGGAAUUCGUUUGAGUGAUGGCAAGCUUCACCCUCCAAAUGAUGCCGGCUGGGAUAUAACAUGUGAAAUCUGGGAUUCAAAUAGUGAUGCCUGAAGAAACUCUGCAGGAGCGUUAUACAUGCUUGGAAAAAAUGG